CCCAUUUCCACAUAUACAUCACGAUCCGUAAAGGGCCCGACCCAUUUCCACAUAUACAUCACACCCCCUCAGAGAAGGUCUUCCCUGUAGCCGUAGAUCUCAAAACUCAGCCCAUCAUCAUCUCUCACUACAAUUCUGCUUCGGAAACAUCAACUUUCCGGCGAUUCUCGGCUAACUUUCCGGCGUUAUUGCCUGCAAAUAAACAUCGAAGUGCUCCAUUCAAUCUUUUGCUGUACAGUGAACUCAAUUUUGAGAUAUGGUGGUAAUGGUAGUGACAUUGAUCUUGUGUGCCUUAUUGGGUGCUUUACUUGUAAUCCCGCGAUUGCGAAAAUCUGACCAGAGCAAAAAGAGCCAAUCAAUUGGUAACAAUAAGGCAUCAAAAACAUAUACUAAGGCUGAAGUUUCCUUGCAUAACAAGAGGACUGAUUGUUGGAUCAUCAUCAAAGAAAAGGUAUACGAUGUUACCUCAUACGUAGAGGAACAUCCUGGAGGUGAUGCCAUCCUAGCACAUGCGGGUGAUGAUUCAACUGAAGGGUUUUUUGGGCCACAACAUGCUACUCGAGUCUUUGACAUGAUCGAUGACUUUUACAUGGGAGAUCUGGAAAAGUAAUUACAACCAUCUGUUUGUAUUUAAUUAAUAGAAUUGUAUCUGGAAUAUUGUUUACAUUCUGGUUCAUCCUUUAUGAACUUUCUACCUAGUAAGAGCUUAUUGGGACUAGUUAUCUCUUCUAUCCCUCCAUAUAUAAUUUGAUUGAGUAGGUUCAUAGCAAAGUUUGUAUCAAGUAAAUUUUUUAUGUGAAAAUGCCAUAGCUUGGAGCAGCAUGAUA